CUCCCCGCACAUCAUUGUGUUGUUGUGCUUGUUGUUUGCGGACGCGACACGACACACAGAUCGUAGACAGACACUCGCGCUGUGACUGUCGGCGCGGACGGACGUGCGGACAGGUGAACCGGCAAACACGAGCUUAAUACUAAACUACGCACGCACACAUACCGAUAUAUUCGUGAUGUCUGCUGGGAGUGCAACGAGCGCGAGUGGCGCAUUGCUGGCGCCGGGAGCUCGCAUCCGCGCGGAGGUCGACGAGGAAGCAGUGCGGCUGUUGGCGGAGCGCCUGUACGGCAUCUCGGUGCAGGAGCUGACCGAGCUUCCGGGCUAUGACGACCGCAACUACCGCCUCACCGAGGACCCCAACGUCAAGAACCCGCUCAUUCUCCGACACAGCCCACACGGAUACGUCCUCAAGAUUAUGAACUCCAUGGACUCAAAGAACCUUGCAGUCGUCGAGGCGCAGAACGAGCUUAUGAACUUCUUAAGUCGGCGCUCAGUGACAUGCCCGGUGCCGGUGCGCAAUGUGUUCGGACAGCUGCACUCGCUGGAAAUGCUCGGCGGGCAGCAACACGCCGUACGCCUGCUGGAGUAUGUGCCCGGCGAGCUGCUCAAGGACGUGCCACACUCGGACGCCCUCUUCUACCAGCUCGGCGAGUUCGUAGCCAACCUCGACAACAAGCUACAGAACUUCACUCACUCGGGGCUAGCGGGGCGCGAACACAUCUGGAUGCUGUCGCAGGUCCCGGAGCUCGAGAAGUUCAAGUACGUCAUCGAGGAUCCCGAUAACCUGGAUCUUGUCGAGGAGGUGAUCGAGGAGUUCAAGUACGCGGUGGUGCCGCAGCUGGGCGAGUUGGAGCGCGGCGUCAUCCAUGGCGACAUCAACGAGCAGAAUGUGCUGGUGGACCGCAAGCCGCAGCCCAGCAACAGCGAGUACCGCAUCGCGGGCAUCAUCGACUUCGGCGACGUGCAGGAGUCGUACUACGUGUUCGAGCUGGCCAUCGCCAUGACCUACCUCAUGCUGCUGACGGGACAGCCGCGCAGCGCCGGCGUGCUGCUGGCCGGCUACACCGUCACGCGCCGGCUGCCCGACCACGAGUACCGCCUGCUCAAGACGCUUGUAUCUGCGCGGCUGGUGCAGAGCCUGGUGCUGGGCGCGUACACGCUGAAGCAGGACCCCGCCAACACGUACGUGACAUGCAGCGCGCGCGCCGGCGGCUGGCAGCUGCUGCGUCGCCUGCGCAAGUCCCCGCCGCAACCUGACGGCGACGACACAGAUUGGCGCGCCGUCGCCGACGAGUACCUCACUCGCAGCUAACUGCAUCUCACUACAGCUAGCACUGGACGAGCUGUGCCUGUCUCGUCACCACUUGAGUUGGACUGCGGACUGCAUUAUUAUUAUUUUGUGUAAUGUAAUAUUUUUUCGUUGAAAUAAAGUAAUAUCUUACAAUGAUGAAA